GUUGCUGUCAUUCAUGAAAAUUCCGGUUUGCCAGGUGCAUUGUACAAUGUUUAGCAACAGAACGGCGCGAAAAAUCAUUGCCGCAAGGAUUGAAACGAACUUCUCCUACUGGGAUUGUUUGUAAUCUAUUGAAAUAUGGGAGUAUUAGGACUUUGGAAGCUAAUCGAACAGUCGGGUAAGCCGGUUCCACUGGAUACGUUGGAGAACAAAGUGCUGGCCGUGGAUAUAUCGAUAUGGUUGCAUCAGGUGAUAAAAGGGUUCCAGGAUUCGAAAGGCAGCGCUUUACCGAACGCUCAUGUGCUUGGUUUAUUUCAUCGUUUGUGCAAGCUGAUGUACUACCGCAUCAAACCAAUAUUCGUGUUCGAUGGAGGUGUUCCAGUCUUGAAGAAGCAAACCAUCGCUAAGCGUAAUCAGAGCAAAAACAACUAUCAAAAUGAAGCGGAUCGCAUACAGCAGCUACUGCUCGAAACGCUGGCAAAGGAAAAAGUUGUCCAACAGGCACUUGGAUCCGCCACCAACAUUCUUAUCUCACCCUCGAAGAAAGCCAUUACAAACGGUGGUCCAAGCACAAGCAAACAGCCCGACCGGGAAGAGGAACCGGAUGCGAUAUUCAAGCUCCCCCCACUGAAGGCGCCCGAAGAACCGGUCGAUCUGGACCGCAGUGAUAGUUCGAUGGACGAAAAAGCUUCUCGGCACUACUAUCACUUGAACCUGAACGCGAUCGAUGUGACCAGCAUUUACUUUAAAAAUCUACCAGCCGAUGUACGGCACGAGAUUCUGAACGACAUCAAGGAAACGCGCAAACAGUCGUCCUGGGGCCGACUGCACGAACUGCCCGUUGAGAGUGAUUCGUUUUCUUCGUUUCAAAUGAAGCGUUUACUGAAACGGCGCCAGGUGCAGGUGGAACUCGAGGAAGCGGAGAAGGAAAUGGGUGGAAAGUGUCUCUCAUUGGCGGAGCUCGAAUCGCUGCUCAACGAGGAAGGGGUUGAAACGUCGUCAAACAGAGCGGCACAGCAGAUAGCAUCGGAUGAAAAUACGCGCUUCCUGCUGGUGCGCGACGUACAGAAAGCAAUCGAGAAAGCAAAAGCACGCGAAGAAGCAGAAAAGCUUGCUCCGAAAGCACCUAAACUGCCCAAAAUGUCGAAGGAAGAAUCGGAAAGUCUGUUGUCCAUGGAGGACGAUGACAAAGAGAUGGAUGAAGAGUUACAGCUGGCAAUCAAAAUGUCGUUAAUGCAGGACGAGGAUCCUCACGCUGUGAUCGAGCUUGACGAAGAAGAGUUGCGUAUGUCGCGGAAGCAGAAACAAGCACUCGGAAAUGCUGCGCAAAGCUUAGCCCGUGGAUUUAUGCUCGAGUACGGAGGUCUAACAACUGAAGAGUUUAAUGAUCUGUUGCAUCAAACGCAAGAUGUGGAUGGGGGCGAUAUUAAUGAUUCCAUGUCGCAAAUGUUUGUGCACAACGGGGAUUCCAUAGUGCAACGCACCUUGGCGACUGUUCGGGAAGUGUCCGACGAGCAAGAGAAGGAUGCAGAAGAAAAAGAGGCGUCUGAAAAGGCAAAUAGCGAACCGGACACGGAAUCCGAUUCAGACUUUGUCGAUGUGCCGGAAGAUAACUUGAACGAUUCUCAGGUGGGCAUUUCACUGCCACUAAACAGUACCAAUCACUUCAAACCUCACUACAAUCCAAUCGUGGACUUUACCAUCGAUGAUCUGAAACAGCUAUCGGACGCGGGACCGUCGAAAAGGAAGGAAGUGGUGGAGGUGAUCAUUAAGCAGGAGGACAUAGGAGUAUGCGAUAAGGAUGAUAUAUUUGCGGAUAUAUUUAGUGUAAAGAAAGAAGCAGAGGUAGAAGAAGCAUUACCGGUUAAUCGCCCAACCAAACAUGUUGAACCUAACCCACCGAUGAUCAGUAUUCCAAUGCAAGAAGUGAGCAACGUUGUGCUCAAAGAAAAUACCUCGAAUAACCAGCCGAACGAAGAGGACGUAAACGCUCCGAAACCGUUCGCCGGCUUAAAGAUAAAGAAAGUCGACGAUAUAAAUGCGCAGCUGAAGGAAGAAUUGGAAAAUCUGAAGAAAGGCCCGCCGGCGAUUGAUUUGGGCGACAUUAUUAAACCGUCGGUUCCGGUUCUGGAUGUUCCUGUUCCGGUUGCACCAAGCACCGAUCUGAAAGCUAUAAAGGAAAAGCUUCAACUACAAUUGGACGAGCUGAAAGCGGGUGCCAAUGCGUUAACGUUAGAUGAAAUUAAACUGGAUAGCGUGAUGGUUGAUGGUGAAAAGUCCCAAGACCGCAACGAUGAAGAAGAUGCUGAUAGUGAAACGACGAUUAUCUAUGAUGCCGAUUCAGAGAUUCAAAGAACUCCCGUUAAGCAAACUAUCUCCGACGGAGGACACAAAGAAGAAACAAAAGCGAAAAACGAUGAGCAAGUGUCACCUACGGCCAAUGCUCCGGUUAUUGAAAUCCUAGACAGUCCCGCUAAAAAGGGGACUUUGGAGCAUCUAGUGAUUGCACGCACACCAGGCAAGGAUUCACAGCAACCAACCGAAUCGGAAGAAUCGGUUCCGCACGUAACGAAACCGUUCUUUGUUAACAAAACUCCACCCUCGGCAAAGAAAACGAACCAGGCCGAUGGUACAGAGAAGCCGUCCACCCCUGGCAAAUCGGUUUCGAAAGAGUUGUUUCCUGCGGAACCGAUACCUUCCACGAGUAAAACGGUUCCGUCACCACCACCGGAAUCGGAACCGAAGCCUGUUAGUGCGGAAAAUCUCAUCACCGAAAUGGCGGACACACUGAAGGAAGCGCACACACCGCUCGAGCUGAAACGUAUGGCACUUGAUCUGGCCCAAACGGAGCGCGAGCUAGAGCGGGAGAAGAACAAACAGUCCCGUCUGGGUGUAUCGAUUACCGAGCAGAUGCGUAACGAUUGUAUGGAACUGUUGCAAAUUUUCGGCGUCCCGUACAUCGUAGCGCCGAUGGAGGCGGAAGCGCAAUGUGCAUUUUUGAAUCAGAUCGAUAUGACCGAUGGCACGAUAACGGACGAUAGCGAUAUCUGGCUGUUCGGUGGGAAGAAGGUGUACAAAAACUUCUUCAACCAACAGAAGCUGGUGCUGGAGUUUACGAUCGAGGGCAUCGAGCAAAUGUUUCACAUGGAUCGAAAGAAGCUGAUCCAGCUGGCGCUCCUGGUGGGCAGCGAUUAUACGACGGGCAUUCACGGUAUCGGUGCCGUAACGGCACUGGAAAUAUUGGCUUCCUUUCCACCGACACCGGAACAGACGGGCGAAACGUCCGAGCUGAUGUCGAUGUUGUCCGGUUUGCGCAAGUUUCGCGACUGGUGGCAGCAUGGCAGAAGUGGAGCGUCCGGCACCCGGAUGGCACUGAAAUCGAAGCUUAAAAACAUCGACAUUGGCGAAGGGUUUCCGAGCACGGGUGUGGUCGAAGCGUAUCUGCGCCCGACGGUUGAUUUCAGCGAGGAGGAAUUCAGCUGGGGCUAUCCGGACGCGGAUCGGUUACGCGAUUAUGCGCGGCAAAAGUUUGGUUGGACGCAGACGAAAACGAACGACAUAUUGCUGCCGGUGUUGAAGCGUUUGGAUGAGCGAAAGUCGCAGGCAUCGAUCAAGAAUUACUUUAAGGUGCAGAGUGCCGUCGGUCAGAGCCGGUUGAAGGUUAGCAAACGGGUGCAGCAUGCGGUCGAUACGAUGGCGGGCAAAAUCGAUCCGGAUGACGUUGUGAAGGCGAAGAAGAAAAGUCCUACGAAAGCAAAGAAGCCCGCGGGACGGAAGCGAAAGCAGGCUGCUGAGAAGGACACGAUCGAAACGAUUGAUCUGGAAUCGAUCGAAGAGGGGAACGAGCAGGAAGAUGAGGCGCCAUCCAAUGUGGCGAACAUGAAGGAUGAUGAAAAAGAUGAUGAUUUUGUUGAAGCAACAAAAGCAACCAAAAAGAGUGGCCUAGCCCGUAAGCGAGCAACCGAUGGCCCGGGAACGACAGCAAAGCCGAAACGUGGCCGUAAAAAAGCAUCGCAGGAUGGUACGCCCACCGAUGGCAAAGAAGCGUCCGAGGCGGAACCAGCAACCUCACAGCGACCCGCACACUCGCUGGCAAAUAUUGGUGGAAUCAUUGCCAACAUUAACCAACAGUCGGCUGAAAGCGUGGACAGUUCGCUGGCAGCGCGCAGGAAACGGAUUGGAAACAAGAUGCCGGACUUUAAUCCGGCCAUUCCACAGCGGGUGAAGGACGAGCAGGAAAUGGUUGAACGUAAGAAGCGAGCUGCGGAAUUGUUUAAAAAGCUGAAAGCUAACGACAAGCCGAAGCGGCAGUAAGCAAGACCGUGGGCGAAGUGGAAGUGUACAGCAAUACAAUUUAAGAUAAGUUUCGUUUAAGUUUUUUUAAAAGGCGAAAUUCAUUAAUUUAAAAUAAAUUCGUUCUGCAAUUUGUA